AUGUCAUCAUCAAUAAAAGUUCCCAUCAUUCGAAAGCGUGCUCAAAUUCAAACAAAUGUUUUACAAGUUCAAACAAAUAAAUUUCAAUAUCGACGUUUAUCUUCGCAACAAUCAUCUACACGAGCAACAACAAUAACAACAUCCAAUGAAUCAUCAACAAGUCCAACAAGUUCUCGAUAUGCAACGAAUUCAUUAAUACCUCCAACAAGUACGUGA